AUGGCUCACUUAAAGGGGGGAGGAUCGGGAUCGGGGACCCCCUCCCCCACGUUCGUCGCCCCCCAACCCCCCCCCUCCCAGCCCGGCGGCUCCGACAGCUACCGCGUGGCCACCACGCAGGACAAGGGCGAGAAGGAGUCGCCCAAGAAGGGCAAGAGCAAGACCCGGGACCUGGAUGACCUCAAGAAGGAGGUGGCCAUGACCGAGCACAAGAUGUCCAUCGAGGAGGUGUGCCGGAAGUACAACACGGACUGCGUGCAGGGGCUGACCCAUAGCAAGGCACAGGAGAUCCUGGCCCGGGACGGCCCGAACGCGCUGACGCCGCCGCCGAUGACCCCCGAGUGGGUCAAGUUCUGCCGCCAGCUCUUUGGGGGCUUCUCCAUCCUGCUCUGGAUCGGGGCCAUCCUCUGCUUCCUGGCCUACGGCAUCCAGGCGGGCACCGAGGAUGAGCCCUCCAAUGACAACUUAUACCUGGGCAUCGUCCUGGCUGCUGUCGUCAUCAUCACCGGCUGCUUCUCCUACUACCAAGAGGCCAAAAGCUCCAAGAUUAUGGAAUCCUUCAAGAACAUGGUGCCCCAGCAAGCCCUGGUGAUCCGCGAAGGAGAGAAGAUGCAGCUCAACGCCGAGGAGGUCGUGGUUGGGGACCUGGUGGAGGUGAAGGGGGGCGACCGUGUCCCUGCUGACCUGCGCAUCAUCUCGGCCCAUGGGUGCAAGGUUGACAACUCCUCACUGACUGGUGAAUCAGAGCCCCAGACCCGCUCCCCCGACUGCACCCACGACAACCCCUUGGAGACGCGCAACAUCACCUUCUUCUCCACCAACUGCGUUGAGGGCACUGCUCGCGGGGUGGUGAUCGCCACCGGGGACCGCACGGUGAUGGGCCGCAUCGCCACGCUGGCAUCGGGGCUGGAGGUGGGCAAGACGCCGAUCGCGGUGGAGAUCGAGCACUUCAUCCAGCUCAUCACCGGCGUGGCCGUGUUCCUGGGCAUCUCCUUCUUCAUCCUCUCCCUCAUCCUGGGGUACACCUGGCUCGAGGCCGUCAUCUUCCUCAUCGGCAUCAUCGUGGCCAACGUGCCCGAGGGGCUGCUGGCCACCGUCACCGUGUGCUUGACGCUGACAGCCAAGCGCAUGGCACGCAAGAACUGCUUGGUGAAGAACCUGGAGGCGGUGGAGACCUUGGGCUCCACGUCCACCAUCUGCUCUGACAAGACCGGGACCCUCACCCAAAACCGUAUGACCGUGGCCCAUAUGUGGUUCGACAACCAGAUCCAUGAGGCCGACACCACCGAGGACCAGUCCGGCACCGCCUUUGACAAGAGCUCAGCCACAUGGGUGGCUCUGUCCCACAUCGCGGGGCUCUGCAACCGCGCCGUCUUCAAGGGGGGGCAGGAGAACGUCCCCAUCCUCAAGCGGGACGUGGCCGGGGACGCCUCGGAGUCGGCGCUGCUCAAGUGCAUCGAGCUCUCGUCCGGCUCCGUCAAGCUCAUGCGGGAGCGCAACAAGAAAGUGGCCGAGAUCCCCUUCAACUCCACCAACAAGUACCAGCUCUCCAUCCACGAGACCGAGGACCCCAAUGACAACCGGUACCUGUUGGUGAUGAAGGGGGCACCGGAACGCAUCCUGGAUCGGUGUUCCACGAUCCUGCUCCAGGGCAAGGAGCAACCCUUGGAUGAGGAGAUGAAGGAAGCCUUCCAGAACGCAUACCUGGAGCUUGGGGGGCUCGGGGAGAGGGUCCUGGGUUUCUGCCACUUUUACCUGCCCGAGGACCAGUACCCGAAGGGCUUCGCCUUCGACUGCGACGACGUCAACUUCGCCACCGACAACCUCUGCUUCGUGGGGCUCAUGUCCAUGAUCGACCCCCCCCGUGCCGCCGUACCCGAUGCCGUGGGCAAGUGCCGCAGCGCCGGCAUCAAGGUGAUCAUGGUGACCGGGGACCACCCCAUCACGGCCAAGGCCAUCGCCAAGGGGGUCGGGAUCAUCUCGGAGGGCAACGAGACCGUGGAGGACAUCGCGGCGCGGCUCAACAUCCCCGUCAGCCAGGUCAACCCCCGGUGCGUGCUAUGGGGCGCU